GGUUCUCAGCAGGCCUGGCCGCAUAUCUGGGCCGAUGGUAAGGAGGCAACCUUGUCUCGCGCACUGCCUGAACGCUGUCAUCUAACGCUGAGGAGGGCAGAGAGGAGAGAUCGAGGGAAGCUGCUCGGCACACGCCGUCGCCAGCCAGGGAGAAAGAGAGCUGUGUAACACCGCAGGAUUCUGUAGAGAAGGGAGAAGCCUGCCAUUGUGCUACGGGAGGAGAUCUCGGCCCUGGCUGCUCAACCUGACGUUGGCUGCUUCCAGGUGGAGAAGAAGAAACCUUUUCUUCUGCCGUCUUCCCUACCUGCGGCUCCCAAAUGAUCACCCUGGACUGAGAAACCUAAAAAAUGGUGGACAGGGUUCGAGGUCAUGCCGCACCGCGCUACAUCAUCCCUCGACCUUGGGGUCGCCGGAGCAGAAUCACUUAGGGCUCAGGUCUUGGUGUCGCCUUAUUUUUAGUUCUUUUCGGAUUCGCGGAAGAAACCUUGCAGCUAUUUUUGGAGACUUGCGUCAAGGACUGUGGAAAGGCUGGAGAAAGGGCUGAGGAACCCCAUCGGCAUGACUACCACGAUGAUGGCGGGGAUGGGGUGAACACGGGAAUGCGCCACACCACCCCCCCCCCCCCGACCCCAGGUGACCCCAGUGUCGGGAUACUGCUCCCCUCCUCGCUGAAAACCAAAAUACUCAUUGUCCAAAAGGACCUACAUGCAUCGGACGGGUCGAUCGAUGACGGAGCGGACAUGGACGGCCUGAACAGAAACGUGCCCGAGAACGGGAGACAGACCCACCAGGUGCUGCAGAGCACCCCGCUGGAUCUGAUUGAAACUGGGAAGGGGCUGAAGGUCCAGGCAGAGCGCCCCCAUCUGGUCAGCCUGGGAAGUGGCCGGCUCAGCACUGCCAUCACACUCCUGCCUCUGCCAGAAGGACGUACCACUCUCGGCUAUGGAAACACGGAUAUCAGCAUCCAGGGCCCGGGAAUCAGGGCCCAGCACUGCUACAUCGAGAACCGCAGUGGAGUCAUCAGUCUGCACCCCUGUGGGAACCAGUGCACCAUGGACGGGAUCCCCAUCACAAAGCCAGUCCUGCUGUCUCAAGGCUGUAUGCUGUGUUUCGGCCAGUCGGCCUUUUUCCGCUUUAACCACCCAGAAGAGGCCUUCAGGAUGAAAAGCAUGCUGCCAGGGGUGGGCCAGACCCCCGGCGGAGGCUACAGGAUCCACGCAGAUUCGGACAGCUUGGUCAAUGGGAACCACCAGGCGGGCCUGCCUGAGUCCCAUCCGGUCCCGCGAGAGCGCACGCGCCCCGAGCACAGCGCGCUGGUCACGUCUAUCGAGAAGGACCUGCAGGACAUCAUGGACUCGCUGGUGAUGGAAGAGCCCCAGGCCUCCGCGUCCUUGCAGCCUAAAAAGGCUGCUGGACCCCCAGCAGCCCAGUCACCCCUCUCCCCUGUGGUGAACGGUGGUGGCCGCUACCUGCUGUCCCCGCCCACCAGCCCGGGCGCCAUGUCCGUGGGCUCCAGCUACGAGAACGCCUCGCCCCCUUUCUCCCCACUCUCCUCUCCUUCGGGGGCCAGUAGCGGGAGCUACACCAGCCCCUCCCCAGGCCCCUGCCAAGAUCCGGCCCCCUCCCUGCCCCCAGUGCCUGUCCGCUCGUCCAGCUACAACCACGUGGUGCAGCCGCCCAUCCCCCAGCCCCGGACCGCGCUGUCCAGCUUCGGUAUCGGACCCAGGGUGCCGGAGAGCCCCAAGCUUCAGAGGAAAGUAUUGCUGGAGGCCCCCCCGAGUCCCACCCCCUCGCGGCGGGGUCUAAAUCUGGAGAGGGCCCCGAACAGCCCCCGGCCGAACCAUGGCUUGCCAUCGGUCUCCGUGUCCUCGGCUCCUGGGGACAGCAGCUCCCUGGACAGGCUCUCGGUGAAGCAGGGCAGCCCCAGGCUGACUUCCAAGUUUCCCAGCACAUUGUCUUCCCCAGUCCCACAGGUCUCCAGGGCAGCAGCCCUUCAAGACCGCCCGCAGAGCCCCUUCCACGACCUAGGCCCUGCAGACCGCUCGCUGACUGCCAGCCCAUCCUGGCACCUCUCGCCACCCCAACGCUCCUUCCAGCCCCCGUUGGACCCCAUCAUCCACAUCAUCCCGGGCGGCGGCUCGCAGGUGCAGCAACAGCGCCCCCUGCAGCCUCCAGAGAGCCCUCGUCUGGCUCGGCGCAACCAGGAGGUCGGCGGCGGAGGCGGCAGCAUUAGCAUGCGUGAGCUCCCCCCUCUGAGCCCCUCCUUGGGUCGGCGCGGUGUGCCUGUGCUGCCCGGUGCUCUCCCCGGGACCGGGCCGGUGAUCAGGCCACCAGACAGAGCCCCUGCCAAGCUGGUGCCAGAGAGCCCGCGACUCCGCCGCAAGGCCGGCUCCCCCCCGGACGACGCUUUCGGGACCCGGGGGGUGCGAGCCCGGAGCCCAUCGCCCACCUCCGGCUUGCUGAAGGACAGCGGGAGGAAGGGUUCAGUGGGUUAUGGGGUCACCCUCCCUGGCACCUCCCCGCUCCCCAGCCCCCGGGCCCCCCGCAAGAUGUCCGCUGAGCUGGGGAGGCCUGUCGGACACCCAGGGAUGAGGGAGCGCAAGAACAGCAUCACGGAGAUCAGCGACAACGAAGAUGAGCUGCUGGAGUACCACCGGCGGCAGCGCGAGGAGAGGCUCCGCGAGCAGGAGAUGGAGAGGCUGGAGCGGCAGCGGCUGGAGACCAUCCUGAACCUCUGCGCUGAGUACAACAAGAGUGAUGGACCCAGCAUGGACGGGGCGGGGCGACUGGGCUUCCCCGGCGAGUCAGGGGGUGUCGGGAGACCCUCCAUGGAGAUGGUUGGCGCGGCGCCUCUCCGGGCCCCACCGAGGCCCAGGGAAAGUGACGAGGAGAACCUGAAGGAGGAGUGCAGCAGCACUGAGAGCACCCAUCAUGAGCAUGAGGACUCACCAGUACUGGGCAGUGCCGGCCGGCAGGAGUUGGCCUGCAUGGAGGAGGAGCGCGUCCGAGUCCUGGCACGAGUCGACGAGCUGAAGACACGAGUUACUGAGCUGGAGCAACAGCUGCAGGAGUCCAGGCAUGAGGCGGAGAUGGAGCGGGCGCUGCUGCAGGGCGAGCGGCAGGCUGAGCUGGAGCAGAUGGAGACCGAGGCGGAGAUCAUCGCCCAGCUGCAGCGCAAGCUCAGCGAGAUGGAAGGUGCCGUCCAGAGGGAGAAGGACAAGGAGGUGGAGACCCUGGAGGCGGCGACCAAGCGCUUCGAGGACCUGGAGUUCCAGCAGCUGGAGAGGGAGAGCAGCCUAGAAGAAGAGAGGGAGACGGUCAGCCAGCAGCUCCUGCAGGAGCGAGCAGAGUACCACAGCAGCCUGGCCAAGCGGAAGGAGAAGGUGGCAGCUCUGGAGAACCAGGCCAACCAGCUGGGUUUACAGGCAGCCCAGGAGUGCGAGCGGCUGGCCAAGGAGAGGAACCUGGCCGUGCAGAUGCUCCACAAGGAGAGGGAGAAGCUGUCUGCCCUGGAGAAGAGAUACCUCAGCCUGAAUGGAGGAAGGAGCCUCCCCAAGAACAGCACUACAAUGAAGGAGGAAGUUCUCCACAUCAGCGAAUCGGAUGCAAUCGAGGACGCUUAUUCCCAGAAUUCCCUCCGCGAACCCGCCGGCUCCUACUUAAAUGCCUCGUCCUCUCAGAUAUAUCCCAUCCGACCCCAUGAGGAGUACCUGAAGCUCUCUGACGUCUAUAAGAUGUAUGGGAGCGGAAACCUCAACCCCCCAGCUGCCGCUACCCCCGCUCCGCACUGCCUCUCGCUUGCCGUAGGUCCGGCCGCCUCCUGCGAGGAUUACAUCACUCUCAGCCAAGUAAACCAGAUCUUCGGGAUGCCGAAGGUCGACCCCUCCCCCACCUCUCCCGUCCAAUCAUUCCACUCCGUAGUUGCAGAGCCCGCCUUCUCCUGCUACACAACUCCCCGUGGCUCCUCCCUCUCUCUCUCUACCGAGCCUGACUGGGGCAGGCCUCAAAUGGCCGCUCUGGAUUUGGAGCGGUGGUACCAGGAGGUCAUGGCUGCCGGGGAGGCCAUCCCUCUCGCGAGCGGCCAGCCGUGCCCCCCCCCCCUCCCAGCUAAAUCUCUCUCGUCACGCAGGCCAGCGCAGGUGUACCGCUCCAAACUGGAGAGUGACAGCAGCUCAGCAGGACCGCGGGCCAAAGCCAGCACCGGAUCACCGCCACUGUAUGGCGCUGCAACACUUGGGCGUAGCACGGUAGCCAAGAGCCCCAUGACCCUCCCCAGCAACACAGGAAGCCUCCCCCGAAACCUGGCUGCCACUCUGCAGGACAUCGAGACCAAGAGGCAGCUGGCCCUGCAGCAGAAAGUGUCCCUGCCCCCCCUGGUUGAGCCCCGGCCCCCCAGCGUCGGCCUCACAGGCCACCAGGUGAUCGAGGAGCAGCGCCGGCGUCUGGCGGAGCUGAAGCAGAAGGCGGCGGCGGAGGCGCAGUAUCAGUGGGAGGCGCUGCACGGCUCCCAGACCCAGCUGAACGUGCCCCUGGUCUCGCCCAUGCCUCCCAUGAUGCACCACUCCAUCCUGCAUCACCAGCCGCCCCCAGCUGGAGAGCGCGCCUACGACACCGUCAGUCUGGAAAGUUCUGACAGCAUGGACACCAGCGUCUCCACGGGCAACUCUGCCUGUUCUCCUGACAACAUGUCCAGCACCAGUGGGAUGGACGCCCUGAAGAUCGAGGAGAUGGAGAAGAUGCUGAAGGAGGCGCAGCUGGAGAAAGCCAGGCUGUUAGAGAGUCGGGAAAGGGAAUCCCAAGCCCGUCGACAGAUGCUGGAGGAGGAACGCAGGAGGCGGGAGGAGGCGGAGCAUCGGCUGCAAGAAGAGGCAGAGCAGAGGCAGCAGCUGGUGGAGAAGGAGGUCAAGAUGAGGGAGAAGCAGUUCUCUCAGGCCCGGCCCAUGACGCGCUACCUGCCGAUCCGGAAGGAGGAGUUCGACCUGCGGGCCCACGUGGAAUCAUCCGGCCACAACAUAGACACCUGCUACCAUGUGAUCGUCACUGAGAAAAUGUGCAAGGGCUACCUGGUCAAGAUGGGAGGCAAGAUCAAGUCGUGGAAGAAGCGCUGGUUCGUCUUCGAUCGCCUCAAGCGGACCUUCUCCUAUUACGUAGACAAACACGAAACCAAGCUGAAGGGGGUCAUCUACUUCCAAGCCAUAGAGGAAGUGUACUACGAUCACCUGCGAAGUGCUACCAAGAAGGGAUUUUUCAACCUGAGUCUGGCCAGUCACCUUUCAGAGCUGCUGCCCCCCCAGUUUCGCAGAGAGAGCCCUAACCCCACGCUGACCUUCUGUGUGAAGACCCACGACCGGCUCUACUACAUGGUGGCCCCCUCCGCAGAAGCCAUGCGUAUCUGGAUGGACGUCAUAGUGACGGGUGCUGAAGGCUACACCCAGUUCAUGAACUAACGAGGGGGUGGUACACGAGGGCUUCGACCAGGCAGCUCCCCCAGCCUGAAGAGCUUGCGGCAGGGGACAGCGUUAAGGCCACAGCGUUAAGGCCAAUGGCUGCCUCCCGGAACUCCACGCCGAGUUUUUGGGAAAGACUUUUUAAUCUUUUUUUUUAAAAAAAAAAAAAACAAAAAAAAAAAACAAAAAAACUAUUUUUAAGGAAUGGUUAUCGGUUAUGUGACGUUACUCGGUCUCUGUCAACGGAAUUUCUUAAUCUGUCUGCUUCAGCCUGCAUUGGGAAGUGGAGCUUUGUCAGAACAAAAGCCAAACCUUUAAAUUCGACGGCUUUGCAAGAUGAGUGCAGAACCUCGUCCGUAUUGCCAACAGAAAGAUUCUGUCUAGCUAACAGUACCUCAAAAAAACAAACAAAGGACCUCUUAAGUAAGGCUUUCAUUUCAAGUUUAAUGAACUAUUUAAACUUUUGUUUUUAUUUUUGGACGGAGGUCAAAUCGGAUCUAGCGCAGUGCCAAGACUCUUCUAUUAUCAUCUGAGUGUGUUUGUGUGUUUUUUUUUCCAGGACACAGAUAUGUAUGUUACAUGUAUGAGCACAGUAUGUUACGUCGGUGUGACUCUAAUCGAGAUUCGUAUCACCUUUUCUGUUUGAUAUAAAUUCACAAAUAGACCUUUUUUCGUUGCUGGAUAACAGACUAAUGAACCUGAAAUGGCUACAUUAACACCCACCAAAGCUGACACACUGCUGCCUCAGGUCUGGGGCGGGAAAACACACUAGUGCAACACGCUGGAGUUCACUGUGUCCACCUGGGAAUGCUGCCCCCCCCCCCACCACAUACACACCUCGGGGGGUUCACGCCUUCUAACUUGACCUGAACAAUUGGAGGGGCCAUUUAAUCCCAAACACUGCCAGCCUGCAGCAUCUACAGGGCUACAGUGACCUUACAUGGUACAGAGGAAGGGGAACAGUGCUAGAUCAUCCUAGAAAAUCACAUAUAUUUAUUUCAAUAGAUUAUAUAUUAUAUAUAUAUAUAUAUAUAUAUAUAUAUGUGCCUUUGUAUAACUCCAGGGAGCUAGAACUGCAUAAUUUGUGGACAACUUACUGGCAUGUAUGUGAAUAUCAUUUUGCUUUUUUUAAAUAUUUUUAAUAACUUUUUUCUGAAGCUGGUCGGGAAGGGGGCUCAGAAUUACGUGUUUUAUUCUCUAAAUAUGUUUAAACCGUGGUGCAAUAACGGAGAAAGCAGGUGGGUGGCGCCCGUCCAGAACGGCAGGUGACUGGUGACAGCGUGACCAUGAGGUUCCCCACUUUCUCCCCAGUGCCUUGGGAUAUACUCCACUGCUGUUUUUAACAGCCGACUGGUUGUCAAAUCUUAGAGGAGAUUAAAUGCAUGUUUUCAAAAAUAAACUGAUUUGGUGCUGAUCAGUUGACAAAAUCGGUGCAAUUGAGGAAAAAAAAAAACGAGAGAACCAGUGACAGAUUCUGUAGAAAGAAUCUAGUGAGUAGAACCAGGGACACUGUGACUCCCACUCCAAUCUCUCCUCCCCCGCAGAGUCACCAAGUGUGGUGCCUAAGGUCUGCCACUGUUACACCAGAACUCGGCUGGCAUCAUCCAGUCAGCGACAUGCGAGACCAUCACCCCUUUGUAAUCACCGUUCUUUUCCAUGCAAGACAUCUUUGUUGUUUUUGUUUGCUUUUUGCUUGUUUGCCAGGAGCAGACGAUGCUAGGGCAAGCCCUGAGUCUCAGGCUUACUACGGUAAUAUGAUGCUUGAGCAACGCUUAUGAGUCGAGCCUAGUCUCAGGCUCACCGUGCGGUAGUACGAGGCUAGCCCAAGGCCUAACGAGUCGAGCCUAGUCUCAGGCUCAGCGUGCGGUAGUACGAGGCUAGCCCAAAGCCUAACGAGUCGAGCCUAGUCUCAGGCUCACCGUGCGGUAGUACGAGGCUAGCCCAAAGCCUAACGAGUCGAGCCUAGUCUCAGGCUCACCGUGCGGUAGUACGAG